GUUGCGCGCUCCCGGUGAGUUUUAUAGCAACUGUUGCCCAGUGAGGCAGCGCCAUAGUCACCGUAGUCCUGGCGACUGUAACCCACCAACAACAACCUCUCGCUCCAUCAUUACCACCUCCUCCACCAUCCUCAUCUUCAUCAACCAGUCCACAGCUCAGGCGCCAUGCAGACCCCUGAAGCAGGCGCUGACUCCACCUCCACUGUCCCUCUUCAGACCACCGUGCCUGUCCAGCCUACCGGCUCCACCCAGCAGGUGCCUGUCCAGCAACAGGCCCAGACUGUUCAACAGGUUCAGCAUGUUUACCCAGCACAGGUGCAGUAUGUGGAGGAAAACAGUGGCGUCUACACCAAUGGCAACAUAAGAACAUACUCGUACUCAGAGCCGCAGCUGUAUAGCCAGAACAGUGGAGGGAGCUACUUUGACACACAGGGCAGCUCAUCGCAAGUGUCCACUGUGGUGACAUCUCAUGGCAUGACCAACAAUGGAGGAGGGGGCAGUGGAGGAAUGAGCAUGAAUCUGGCGGGGGGUCAGGUAAUCAGCACCAGUCCUGGGGCUUACAUCAUGGACAACACUGGACCCCACCCUGCCACCCAGACGGCACGAGCUUCCCCAGCUACUAUUGAAAUGGCGAUUGAGACACUCCAAAAAUCGGAGGGUUUAUCCAGUCAGAGAAGCUCGCUGCUCAACAGCCAUCUCCAGUGGCUGUUGGACAAUUACGAGACAGCAGAGGGCGUGAGUCUACCACGAUCCACCCUCUACAAUCAUUAUCUGCGCCACUGCCAGGAGCAGAAACUGGACCCUGUAAAUGCAGCCUCUUUUGGCAAACUCAUCCGCUCCAUCUUCAUGGGACUUCGUACAAGGCGUCUUGGGACAAGAGGGAACUCCAAAUAUCAUUACUAUGGCAUACGUGUGAAACCAGACUCGCCACUAAAUAGACUCCAAGAAGACAUGCAGUACAUGGCCCUCAGACAGCAACCCGUUCAGCAAAAGCAGAGGUUCAAGCCAGUGCAGAAGUUCGAUGGCUGCGCUGGGGAGAAUUACUCAGGUGGAGGCCAACACCAUCCUGGUGCAGAAGAGCAGACAGUCAUCGCACAGAGUCAACACCACCAGCAGUUCCUAGAUGCAUCACGGGCCCUCCCUGACUUUGUAGAGCUGGACGUGGGACAAAGCAAUACAGAGAACAUCAGUCCGGAGGAUGUGAAAGCUCUCCAGGCCCUUUACAGAGAGCACUGUGAGGCUAUCCUGGAUGUGGUUGUCAAUCUCCAGUUCAGUCUAAUUGAGAAGUUGUGGCAGACAUUCUGGAGGUAUUCUCCCCCUGACUCUGUAGAGGGUGCCACUGUAACAGAAAACAGCAGUUUAAGUGAGAUUGAAGCACGGCUGCCCCGUUCACAGCUACUGGAACUGUGUAGAAACGAGGCCGUACUCAAAUGGAUGAGCACAUGUGACCAUCUUAUGUACCAGGCCCUUGUGGAAAUCCUCAUUCCUGAUGUCCUGAGACCCAUUCCCAGUGCCUUGACUCAAGCCAUUCGUAACUUUGCCAAAAGCCUGGAAGGUUGGCUCAACAACGCCAUGAAUGCCAUUCCACAGAGAAUGAUCCAGACCAAGAUUGCCGCUGUUAGUGCCUUUGCGCAAACACUGCGCAGAUACACAUCUCUGAACCACCUGGCUCAGGCGGCACGUGCUGUUUUGCAAAACACGUCACAGAUUAAUCAGAUGUUGAGUGAUCUCAAUCGUGUUGACUUUGCCAACGUACAGGAGCAGGCAUCAUGGGUGUGCCAGUGUGAAGAGGGAGUAGUUCAGCACUUGGAGCAGGACUUCAAGGCCACACUACAGCAGCAAAGCUCUCUGGAGCAAUGGGCAGCCUGGCUGGAAAAUGUGGUCACUCAGGUGCUCAAGCCUUACGAGCACCGGCCCAGCUUCCCCAGGGCAGCUCGACAAUUCCUGCUCAAGUGGUCCUUUUACAGUUCUAUGGUGAUCCGGGACUUGACCCUGCGCAGUGCUGCCAGCUUUGGUUCCUUCCACUUGAUUCGCCUGCUGUACGAUGAAUACAUGUUUUACCUAGUGGAGCAUCGUGUGGCACAAGCUACUGGAGAGACACCCAUUGGUGUCAUGGGGGAGUUUGACAGCCUGAACACCCUGUCCCUCUCCAAUAUGGAUAAAGAUGAAAUGAGUGGGUUGGACAGUGACUUAGAAGAUGACAUGGAGGAGUCCGGCGAACCUCUUGCCAAGCGAGAGAAGAAGUCGGAGCAUGAAGUGAUCCAGGUGAUCCAGGUCGGGGCACUAGAGGACGGGUCCCACCCUGUGGUGGGGGUUGUCCAGCCAGGAGUCCUCCACUCGCUGCCCCAGCCCCCGCAGGACCACACUGAGCACAUCCUAACCCCCUCUGCCGGUACUCCCACCAUCCGCCACUGCAGCGCUACAGGCAACACCUAUGCCUCCGUUUGAGGGUCUGAGGGCACAGCGGACCUUGUCUGGCCUGUUUUCACUCUCCACAUAUCUUUCUCUCUGUAAGUCUAGAUGUUUCCGUCUUUUUCAUGCAUUGUCUGUGUCUGCACUUGUGCGGACACGCUCUCUGCUCCCUAUCUAGCCCGGUCAGUGGAGGAGUGCUGAAAUGAUGAUACUCUGGCCAAGAUGUGCUGUCCGUGUCUGACUGCUUAGAUUCUGGAUGUGGUGUCAUCACAUAAGUCUGUGCUCUAUCGCAAUGGGGCAGCUGGAGGAGGACUAAUUUGACCCAUUAAUUAGGUUUCCUGCCUAGGUAUGACUUAUGUCCUCUGUCUGUCCACACAGACAGGUUUUGUCUCGAAGGAAAAUUCAGCUCUUUCAAACUACUGAUGUCUCAGAGCUCAAAUCCAUGUCACUAGUCCCAGUGGAGCAAAGUCAUCGAUUGACUCAAGACCUUCACCCAUUGUAAAUAGUUUUGCUGUACUUUCAAUUGGUAUUACCCCAAGCCCAUGGUGCUAUUGUUUUGUUUUGAUUUCAAUUUAUCCCUCCUACUUUUAGCAUGAUUUAUGUCCACAUGCAUUCCAACUGCUGAUAAACGUUUGGCUGAACAAAAUAUUUUGAGUAUCGUAUGUAGCUAAAAAACAAGGGGAGGACUUUCUUUGUAUCUAUGGCAUUUGAAACAGGAUCAUGGGGCAGUUUUUUCUGUUCUGUUUAAAAAAAUAUACACCACUGAUAACUAUUUUAGCCACAGAAAAAAGAAACUCCUAAAGAAAUAUCUGUGCUGCUACUUGUGUUAAUAGAAAUGAGAUUAAGACCGGCUGUACAAAACCACUUCCUCAAUGCUAGCUUUUCUAUGCACUCUGUGCAUAACCCUUGCCUUUCUUCAUUUUAGAUGCUCUGUAGAGUGGUUUACUUGACCAGCCAGCUGUAAUCUUGAAAAAAAAUCUUACUGGAUAUGUUCCCCUUUUCUUUGCAGUGUAUGUCUUAAUGAAAUUUUCCUAAGUUCACAAAGGACCAAAAACAAACCAACAAGAGGAAGCUGAGAGGGAGCCACUUGGGCCACCCAAAAUCUGUUUCCUGUCCCACAGUGCCAUGUUGCAGAGCAGACGGAAUGUCAGGGAUUUAAUGUACCUCGGCUUUAUCAUAGUGCCUUAUCCUUAAAUGCAGCUGUCCUUGUAGUCCUGACUGUGUGCUGCAGGAAGCCCACAGACGCUCUGCAUUGUCCCAGCCACAACUUUGGCUUUCUGGUGACUUGUGGCUGGAUUUGGGCUGGUUCAUCAGUGUCAAGUCCAAGGAUUGCAGGCACAGAAACAACUGUUUGUUUUUUUCUCUGGAUCAGCUCUACUAAGCUUAUUACUUAUCUGAAUCAUGGUCUUUAGCCUUGCUCCUGCCCUCCUGAGGCCUAUUCUUGCAUUAGCCUUUGUUAUCGUGUGUGUGUGUUUGUGUGUGAGUGAGAUAGAGAGAGAGAGAGAUGGGUUUUCAUGUUCUUUCAUGUGCAUGUAUAUAUAAGCCUGUGUGUCUGUGUGCUUGUGUUGGAACACAUCUAUCAGUCACCCUACCUCAAACCAGUGGUGCCAGCCCUUUGACGCGUGCAGCACAGUCACCAAACCUUAUUGCACACACACCACUGUACUGCACAACUCUCAACGCGAUAGAGAAAAACUGCUUUGCUUUUCUCUCACCUCUGAUACAUUUUCAUUUCAGUUUUUAGCCUAUAAAAAUGCUUUCAUCCUUUGUUCCCUGUUUAAAGAUCAUCUUUGUACAGUGGACCAAAAGUAGAUAUUUUGUGAUAUUCAAAGAAAUAUAUAGAUAUAUAUAUGUAUAGUAUAUAUAAUGAUGAUACACUACAUAUAUCUGUUUCUUUAUACGUGAUUGUUUUCUUUUUGUAGCUUCUCUGUAAUUAGUUCAUUGACUGUGAAAUGGGAAAGGCAUGGGGACUAACUUCUGAUUCGGUAGACUACAUCUUAAUACUUGAACCGUUAUAGCAUUCUAUGUUGUGGAGAUUAUUGAGAUUAAUCCUCUAAAUAGGAACAUUUUGUUAAUAAAUGAUUUUUGUUAUUGUUUUUCCAUGCUUGUUGAAAUGGUCUGCACGGUGUCUCUGCAGAGAUGUUAAUUUAUUGAUAUUUAUUGUGUUUUGGUUUAGCUGCUUACGCAUUACAAAAUGUUAUAAUGGGUAUGAAUCAUGAAUUACACCACUGGAAACGGCAGACCUACUGUACAGGAGGACCUGAGGGUUUUUGUUGUUUUGUUUUUCUUUAUAAGUCAUGUAUGUAGGUUGAUUAAGGUUAAAAAAAAAGAAGAGAAAAACAGGUUGGCACUGUAUUUGCUGCAAUCGCUUUCCAUAGGCUCUAUCACCAGUAUCUCCAAUGAUUCCUUCAAAUACUAGAAGUACACACAGACUCUUUGCCAAAUUUUUUUCUUUGUGCCUGUGUAGAAAACGUGCUUAGCAGUAGAAGAGGGUGGGAGAGCAAAUGCUGCAUGUCGUUUUGGUUACUGGGUCAGUGGACUCUCACAGAUGGUUUGCUGAAUCAUUUUCAUGACACUUUGGGGAAUCUCCAAAGUAAAUUUGGAAAGCCCAAAGAUACAUUUCUCAUCUAUUAAACCUAGUGUACACAUCUCAUACUGUAGCUUUACUCUGAGUCUGCUGGCUUACCAGAUUUAGGAGUUGAGCGCACACAAACCUGGCUUUCAAAAGGUCUGCAAGAAAAGGUCAAUAAACUAAAACUAGCUAAAAGUUGUAAGGCCUGGGGCGUUUUGUUUACACCAGUCUGUGACCAUGAUGAACUUACUCCCUGAGUUUUAGUAUUAAACUGUUGAAUGCAAAUUGGAAGAACACAAAGAAAAGUAAUGAAAAUGACAAUUAAAAAAAUGAAUUCAUACAAAAAUGUAAGCCCUAGAUCGUCUCUUAUACUUUUUCCAGAACUGCGCAUAAAUCCGUGUUCUCAUAACUGCAACAAAAUAGACUCCAUUACCAAGAGCUCACUUGACAUGCACUGAAUUUUUGUAAAUGACGUUAUAAAAAAGGGAAGGGGUUCUCUCUGUGACUUCAAAUUUUAAAUUAUGUUGUAAAUCUGGAUAUGUGUGCUGGUUAGGAAUGAAGGUUUUGCAGGAUACUUUUUCUAUCCUUUUACCUUUCUCCCACUGAAUGAUUUUUUUAUUUUUCCAAAUAUGAAUUUAAGCUCCCUUGUCAUAUAAAUGAAGUACAAGAUUGUAGAUGUAAACUCGUUUUAUUUUGUGCCUGAAAUGAAAAUGGCUUAUAAAAUGUUUUCUUUGAAUCUUGGUGUGUUUCUGGUCUUGCACGCCUAUCAUGUGUUUUAUUUGGGGGGGGGGGGGGGUUUCGUCAAUUCCGUUAUUUCUCCUUUUCGUUAUACAUAGACUAAUGUGCCAGACAGUGAUUCAGCUUUCUGCAUCUCAAAGCGCGCCUGGUUAACACUGGACCAAUGCUAAUGCUGCCAACACCAUUGUACUUUAUUUCUCAGUUUCUUUGAAACCGAGACGUUAGAUUGUUUUUGUAACAGCUGCUUGCAAAGGAGCCCAUUUCCAACCAGAAAAAAAAGACAUAAGCUAUUCCUUAACUUGUCAUAGGAGAGAAAGCUAAGAGAUGUUUCUUCACCUCGACAAAACAGCAGCUUCACUGACCCAUAGCAGACUCCAGUGCCUUUAAUUUCGCCCCGGCCAGAGCAGAUGGCCUGGGUGACUAUUGGGUCUCUGGUGGGCUACAGAUGGAGGCUAUCGGAGCAGAUAUUUCAUUGCACAGGUGCUGCCACUGAGAAGAUACCAGGGAAGCAUAAAGACCUGUCCUCAGACUGGACUAUUUAUUGACUGGAUGUGACGACACAUACACAGACACACACACACACUAGUUUAGACAUGGUACAUUAUUUGCAGACGGCUUUUUAUUGUACAUAACUGGUUAUUGAUCAAGGAGUUACUGUAAGUAAAAUGCUCUUAUGCAUUGUUUUCUCAAUGAUCGUGGUUUCUUUUGUCAAAUGAUAUUUUCUGAAUGCUGUGACCUGUUUGAGAUUUGUAUUUGGAUGUUUUCAAGUGCCAUUUGACAGUCUAGUGAGUCGUGGCCAUCUGUAGCACGCUCUAAUGCAAGCACAAGCAUUUGGCAGUGGCAUUUGAGGAAGGUUCUGAUUUUGAUUUACCUUAGACAAAAUAUGUAUAUAUCAAAAACUGAAAGGUAUAUUUAUUUGUCUUAUUUGAUUUGUUCUAUUGGUGAACAUUUUAUCAUAUGUUGGUUAAAGUGCUUUUGUGAUUUCUUUUUCCUUUUUUGGGAUAAUGUAUAGUAUCUGAUAUAAUAUAUACACACAAAUUUGAUGUGACCUUCUUUGUGUGCCAUUCCGUUUUCUUCUCAAAUUGGCAAGCGAACCAACGAGUGUAGGGUGAUUUGUAUUGUGUAUUUUACAUAAAAAAACAAGGACAAUUGGGGGACUUUUAUAUUUAUAAAGACAUUAUCAUUUAGUGUGUCGUAUUGAUGAAUAUAGAAACUAUUAAAGACACAUGUAGUUUGGUUUUCUGAAUAUUUCAGAUCUCAGCUCAGGCUAGCUUCUUAGUGUUGUUUUCUUAAAAUUUGUGACUCGUCUUUGCAGUAAUAAACGUUUUCUUGUUCAAA